UGUCAGUACUGUCACUUGUCUUGUCAAUCUUAUAAAAAAUAUCAAUUUAACUCCGGUUUUUACAGUUUUUAUAAAAUAUUAUAAAAUUAAUAACAAUUAUUAAAACAAUGAGCAGUGAAUUUGUGUGGGCAAUAAAGAACGGAGAUCUCGAACAAGUAAAAGAUAUUAUUGAGAAAAAGUCGGUAGAUGUAAAUCAAGAAGUUGAUGGUCGUCCACUAAUUCUAUACGCAGCCGAUUACGGGCAAAGAGAUGUAAUAGAAUAUUUAAUCUUAUCAGGAGCAAACGUAAAUGCUAAAGACAAACAUGGAAUCACUCCUAUACUAGCCGCAAUAUGGGAGGGUCACAAGUCUUGUGUGGAGUUAUUGUUGCAAAAAGGGGCAGAAAAAAAUGGUGUAGCACCAGAUGGGAAGUCGUACUUAGAUUCAGCAGAAAACAUCGAAAUUCGCCAGUUGUUAGCUUAAUUCUGUAGUAGUGAUGAAGAGGUCUUAAAAAUCAUUGCCCCCUAUCAUAAAUUCUACUUAAAAUUUUAUUCUAUUUUCUCUAGAGGAAUGGGAAAUUGCAUACAUAAAAUGUGUGCUGGGCGAUAUAUGUAUUUUUGAUAAUUACUCGGAGAUCUUGAAUAUAGAGAUUGGAUUUUAAAAUUAUAUUGUUUAGUGUUAAAUAAUGGUAAUGGAUGCUAUACAUUGCUCUACAUUCGUAUAUACUUAAGUGCUUUUAAUGAAAAUUAACAAUGAUAUAAUGCUGUCCUUAAAAAAAUGUAUUUUAUUCAGAGUACAUUCUGAAAAUGUAUCAUUUUAAAUAGAAGUUUAUACUAUAUUAUUAAGAUUACUAGUGUAGUGCUAUUUAUUUUAUAAUUAUACAUGUUUUGUAAUAAAAAAGUUAUAUAGGU